AUGACGUUACUGGAGGAGUUGAUCCGGGCGAUAGAGCUCUGGCUUCGGAUUGCAAAGGAGCAGGUGCCCUUGGUCGAUCCCACCCUUGACCCAGUGUUACUUGUUCCUGGUAUUGCUGGCUCCAUCCUUGAAGCUGUCGAUGAGGAAGGAAACAAGGAGAGAGUUUGGGUGCGCAUCCUUGCUGCUGAGCAUGAGUUCAGAGAGAAGCUCUGGUCCAAAUUUGACGCCUCCACCGGUAAAACUGUUUCUGUUAACGAGAAAACAAGAAUUACUGUCCCUGAGGACAGAUAUGGUUUGUACGCCAUUGACACAUUAGACCCAGACCUGAUCAUUGGUGAUGACACUGUGUAUUACUAUCAUGACAUGAUAGUGGAAAUGAUUAAAUGGGGAUAUCAAGAAGGAAAAACUCUCUUUGGAUUUGGUUACGAUUUCCGUCAAAGCAACAGGCUCUCAGAGACACUUGACAGAUUUUCCAAAAAGCUGGAGUCAGUGUACGCAGCUUCUGGUGGAAAAAAGAUCAAUCUCAUUACUCAUUCAAUGGGGGGAUUACUUGUGAAAUGUUUCAUCUCUCUGCACAGUGAUGUAUUUGAAAAAUAUGUCAAGAGUUGGAUCGCAAUUGCCGCACCAUUCCAAGGUGCUCCUGGGUACAUAACUACUAGUCUGCUGAAUGGAAUAUCUUUCGUCGAAGGAUGGGAAUCAAGAUUCUUUAUUUCCAAAUGGUGUAUGCAGCAAUUGCUACUUGAGUGCCCAUCAAUCUAUGAGUUGCUGGCAAACCCUAACUUCAAGUGGAAAGACACCCCACUGCUACAGAUUUGGAGAGAGAAUUUGGAUAACGAUGGCAAGAAAAGUGCCCUGUUAGAGUCGUAUGAGCCUGAGGAAGCGAUUAAGAUGAUUGAAAAGGCUCUUUCCAGUAAUGAGAUCAUUGCUGAUGGCAUGCAUAUUCCGGUGCCCCUUAAUUUGGAUAUAUUGAAUUGGGCAAAGGAAACUUAUGAUCUUUUAAGCAGUACAAAGCUUCCGGAAUCAGUGAAAUUCUACAACAUUUAUGGGAUUGAUUAUGAUACUCCACAUACUGUCUGCUAUGGCAGUGAAAAGCAUCCGGUUUCAAAUCUUAGUCACCUCUUGUAUGCUCAGGGAAAAUAUGUCUAUGUUGAUGGUGACGGAUCUGUUCCCACAGAAUCAGCAAAGGCGGACGGAUUUGAUGCCGUGGCAAGAGUUGGGGUUGCUGCUGACCACCGGGGAAUCGUCUGCAGUCGCCAUGUGUUCCGGAUCGUCCAGCACUGGCUGCACGCCGGAGAACCUGACCCGUUCUAUGACCCACUGAAUGACUACGUUAUACUGCCAACACUCUACGACAUCAAGAAGCAUUGUGAGAAACAUGGGGACGUCACGUCAGUCACGGAGGACUGGGAGAUCAUCUCCCAGAGCGACGGCAAGACCAUGAGGCCAGGUGAGCUUCCUCCUAUGGUCAGCACACUGACCACAAGUCGGGAAGGCAAGGAGGGCGCACUGGAAGAAGCGCAGGCCACCGUGGUCGUUCACCCGGAGAAAGAAGGGCGGCAGCAUGUGGAAGUUAGGGCUAUUGGUGUCAGCCAUGGUGGCUAA